AAAUGAUUAGAAAGUGAAACUUUCACUAUUUAAAGUGAUCCAAUAAUCAGUUAAUUGUUACCAGUUAAAGUUUAAAUCUCACCAAGUUAAUUUAACAACGACACCGACUCGUGAAAUCAGAUAUUCAACAACAAUUUAAUUUCAAUUAAACUAAAUGAAGAUGAUUUCGUCAAUCAAUCAACUAAUUGCUUUCACCUUUCUUUUAAUUGCCAUUGAAAUGGUUUCAGGUCAACGUCCAAAUCCCGGUGGUUGCCCAAAGGUUACUUCAGGAUUGAUGAGUUCAACAUCAUCCAAGUUUGACCUUUCAAAGUACGUUGGAGUUUGGUAUGAGCUUGAACGAACCGCUAAUAUCUUUGAGAUGGGAAUGAAAUGUGUGACCGCUAAUUACACCGCUAAAUCAGACGGAACUGUCGCCGUAGUUAAUAGGGGAAUUUCAAAAUGGGGCCAAAAGAUUAACCUUGAAGGUUCAGCUCGAGUUCCCGAUUCAUCAAUCCCAAAUAACCUACGAGUUACCUUUAAGUUUUCCCCUGAAGCCCCUUACUGGAUCGCCGAUACUGAUUACAAUAAUUACGCUAUUGUCAUUUCAUGUGCUGAUGUUUUCGGUCUUGUCCGAUUUGAAUCAAUCUGGGUAUUGGGACGAACUACACAAUUACCUGAUUCAACAAUCAGUUCAAUUCACAGUCAAAUUGAACGAUUAGGUUUCAACCCAUCAGCACUUAGCAAAGUUGAUCAAUCAUGUCCCAAGUAAAUCAACAAUCAAAUCAAUCACGAUAUUGAUAAUUGAAUUUUACCAUUUUUCUGAAACAUAGAUCAAUCCAACAAUGUAAUCCUAUUGAAGAUAAUCAAUAAACCACUUUCAUCUAACUGAA